AUGGCUUUGGCCUGCUUGCGACCUACUUGCGUGGCCACUCGAAUUGCCUUUGUCCAGCAGAACUUUGAUGUCUUCCUCGGCUAUGUCAGCAGGGCCGCAGACCACUUUGACUCAAGCUACGCCCUCCGCGAGGUCCCAACGGACACCAACGGUGUCUAG